AUGGCAAAUAAGCAAUACCAUAAAGGACACACAAUUUCAUCAGCCAAUAAUUAUCAGCUCAAAACCCGAUCAAAAUUCCGAACGAUCAGAAUUGAACAGGCCACAAUUCGAACCAAUUUUCAAAAAAUAUACGGUUUACUUAAAAAGUUACUUGCACAAGAAGAAGUCCCGUUGGAGUACAAUAUACCUCCACCCAUUUGGGUCAUUGAUGAAGCAAACAUGUUUAGCCAACUUGAGGGUUCAGAAGAAUUUGCAUAUUCCACAUGCAACCCAUAUAUUGUUGGAGAUUUGAGCAAGAAAGAAGCUGAAGAAUAUUUUGAAAAGCAUGUUCUUCCUCGAUAUGGAUGCAAAGAACUCGAAGGCAAAUUUGACCGCGUCCGCAGAAUAACGGGUACACGUAUGAUGAUUAUUGAUAAAUAUGUUAAAGAAUAUAAAAAUUGCGAAGGAGAGCUUGAAUGUGCUUAUCAGAUUUUAUUUUCUUUUUAA